GUGCGCGGUGUAGAGACGCAGACACACGGGCACGAGCAGAUGAAAAACGCACACACACGGGAACGAGCAUAUGAAACACGGACACACACACACACACGGUGGCGAGCUGAUGAAGGACGGGCUCAGUCACACCGAGAACUUCGCGCGUUUGCAGAUGGACAGAGUUGAAGACGCGCUGAGACUUAAGUGAUCCUGCCAUCGUCCGGCUCUUGCGCUCGAUCACAAUGAGUGGAAAAGCCGCCCUCAACAAGGCGGUCUUCACACCGAAUGAUGAACGGAUGCUGGCAGCGGUACAGGUAAAGAGACGGACGAAGAAGAAGAUCCCAUUCUUGGCUACAGGAGGUCAGGGUGACUACUCAACAUUCAUUUGUUUAUCAGUGACCAGUAAGAAACCUACACAGGUUUUCAUCACAAAAGUAAAGCAGUUUGAGGGGUCGUCUUCAUUUGUGAGAAGAUCACAGUGGAGCAUCAGUCAGCUGAGAGAAGUCAACGCUUUCGACUCCACCCGAGAUUGUCCAGAGUUUGACCUGAUGUUUGAGAACGGAUCAGAUCAGUGGACCGCUGGUUCAGCUGGAGAGAAGUCCAUGUUUAUCCAUAUCUUACAUCACACCUGUCAACGCUACAUGUCGGAAAGAAAACCUAAUUUUAUCAACUGUCACUCAAGAAUAUUGGAAGGUAACAGUGUUCUUCACAGCGCCACUGCCAGUGUAAGCAGUGCCGUACAGAAGGCCAGUCAGGCUCUGAAUGAACGCGGUGAGAGACUGGGACGCGUCGAGGAGAAGACGGGCGAGAUGAUGAACAGCGCACAACAUUUCGCUGACACUGCACACAAGCUCGCCAUGAAGCACAAGUGUUAAGAUGUUUUGGGAUCUUUAUGGGAAACUGGUACUUAUUCUCUGUCAGAGACGUUCAGUGGAUUUGCAUAAACGUCACACAAAAACAUCUUUCCCUGUUAACGCAGGAUUUCUCUUCUAGUUCAUUUUAACAUAAUACGAGUUUUAAUAAUUGACAUCACAAAAUCAUUUUAGUGUGCAAUUUUUUUGUAAAAAAAUCUAACAGUGAAUCUCUAAACCUAAAACUUUAUCUUACCUUCUUUAUUUUGUUUUUUUGUUGUCAUAAAUAAAAAUGUUUUGAUAAUUUUAUAUUAUUAUCUGAAUAAACUGACCUUCUAAACAGAUCAUUUGAAUAUGUAGUGAAUCUUGCACAAGCUGAGCUGUUGAAAUAUCUGCACAUCACCUCAGAGAUCUUUAAGCUUCAGUUUCACAGAUGUCCGGUUCAUACUCUCUCCAACAUACAGUGUAUAUACAUUGGGGUCCAAAAGUUUGAGACCACAUUAAAAAGUCUUGCGUCAGCUGGAUUC